AUGAUGAAAAAUACCUUAUUAGGAGAGUAUUCAACAGAAGAUAACUCAGGUUCGUUUUAUAUAGCACGGAAAGAGGAUCACACCAACGGAAACGGAAACAGAAAUAGCAACAGUAAUAGCAAUAUCAAUAACUGCUCGCUAUUACACAAUGAUGCAAAUAGUGGUUGUAGGAAAAAUAAUGUUUUAAUGGUAGAUGAUAAAUUAAUCUGUCGAAAAUAUAAUAACCUUAAUCAGUUUCAUUCAUGCAGGAUUAAAUCAUCACAUAAUAAUUUAUUACAAGGGGAAUUAAGUAUGAAUAAAACAGAACUAAAAAAAAAAUAUAAUGAACCAAAUUAUUAUUAUGUUUUACAAAAUACAGCACUUAAUGCAUAUUUUGAUGAAGACAAUUCUAAACAAAUAUCAAGUAAUGUUAAAAAAAAUAUUAUAGGCAAACAAAACAGCAAAAGAGAAAAAACAAAAGAGUGUACUUCUACUAGCACAUUAUUAUCAGAAAAAUUUCAUAAUGAAAAUUUGCAUCGAAACGGCUUUUAUAAUUGCGCUGAUUAUAUGUACUUAUUUAAUAAGAAUGAGCAUGAAUUUUCUACGUAUGGAAAAAUAAAUUUUACGGAAGGUGAAAUGCACGAUGGUGGAAAAUAUAUGGACUACCUAGAAGAGGAUAGUAACAAUGAAAAUAAUAGCAGAAAAAUUUUACCACAAGCAUUUGUAAAAAAAGAAUUAAAUAAAAACUAUUUAAAUAAUAUAAAUAGACAUUCUAAUGAAGCAUCUGUAGAAGAAAAUAGUACAAAUGAAAAUGAACUAAACGAUUUAUUAAAAAUAACCAAGGAAAUCUACAGUAGCAAUAACUUUUCAUUAAAUAUAAACACGAAUAAUGCGUCUACAGAAUGUAGAAACAUAAAUGACAAAGAAGGAAAUUAUAAUUAUAUUGACAAUGUUAUGUAUAGCGGGAAUCCUAUCGAUUUACUAAAAUGGGGCAUUUCAGCUAGUAAAAAGGACAAAGCGACAGUGAACAACCUUGACAGUUCAAUUAUUUCAGAUGAUCUAAAUGGAAACGAAUAUUUCAAUAAUGAAAAACUCAAAAAUGAAAAAUUUAAAAGUGAAAAAAUUAAGGCAAGUAUGUCAAUUCAAAUUGGUGAUACAGACAGAAUGGGAGUAAUACGUACACAAAAUAACACAAGUAGAGGUAGAAACUUGUGUAAAUUGCACAACUUCAAGAACAUGGAAAAUGUAUUCAAUAUGAGCAAGUUAGAUUAUAUUAAAAAAUCGAAUAGUUUAGGUAAUAGCAACAUUGAAAAAUCAGCAGAGGAGGUAAUUAUAAUUAGCAGUACUUCUGAUAAUUAUACAGGACAUUCUAAUGCAAUUUUGAAAAAAGAGAUGGGAAAUUUUAGCAAAUUCCCUAAGAAUAACAGAGAUAUGGUAGAAAAAAAUAACUCAUCGUACAAAAUAGCACACAUAUAUAACGUAAAUGAAAUGGAGAAUCAAGAUGAAGUAAAAAAAGGAACCAUUUUAAAAGUAGCAGAUGCUGACAUAUGUUCUUUAAGGGGUAAGCUAAUUAAGGACCCUUAUAAAUUGAAAAGCUCAUCACAAGAGGGGAGAAAUUUGUUUCUAAGUAAUAACAAGUUAUCAACCAAAAUAAAAAAGGUAAAUUCUGAUGAUCCACAUAGAGAUAUAUUCACAAAUGUAAAUAUUAAUAACAAUAUGGGCAUGAAUAAAAAUAUGAACAUUAACACGAGAAAACAAUCCAUUAGAGUCUGCUCCGUCAAGGACACAAAUAUGACGGAUUCUGAAAAAAGAGAAAAUAAUCACAACAUAUUAAACAGUUUAUAUUUUGAAAAUAAAGGUUUAACAAAUGUCAGUAAAAAAAGAAGUGAAAAGGAUAAUCAUAUCCGUAUAAUUUCACUCGAUAGUCUGAGUCACGAUUCUAAAGAAUUUCUCAAAAAUAGAGAAUGUAUAGAACGCGAGGAGUUACUACACAUGAAUGAAAAUGAAAAUAAAAGGGAAAAUAAGAUCGAAAAUAAGAGCGAAAAUAAAAGGGAAAAUAAGAUCGAAAAUAAAAGGGAAAAUAAUAGCGAAAAUAAAAGGGAAAAUAAGAGCGAAAAUAAAAGGGAAAAUAAUAGCGAAAAUAAAAGGGAAAAUAAUAGCGAAAAUAAAAGGGAAAAUAAAAGGGAAAAUAAAAAUAAGAUCAAUUAUGCUGCUCAAACAUGUCCUUAUCGUAAAGGGCUGUAUAGUAUUGGGGAAUACUGUCUAGAGAAGGAUCAUAAGAGCCAUUCUGAUUUAUAUGAUGUUCUCCUAAAUUCUGAUGAAAAUGUACAAGGUAUUAAUAAGCAUUUAAAUAUUGCGGAAAUUUUAAAUACUCAAGAAAAUUUUAAAUACAAUCCUACGAUUAAGGGUAACCAUCAUUUGAGAAAUGAAAAAAAGAAAUUGAAAAACAGAAACUCAGAUCUCAAUAAUUUAGCUGUAAAAAAAAAUUCUAUACAUGAUGAUAGCUUUAAUGAAGAGCAGGAAAGAGUAAGUAUCGUUGGUGACAUAAAAAACUACUCCCCAACGGUAGAAAAAUCAAGCAAAGCAAAAAAAUAUGAGCAUAAAGACGAAACAAAAUAUAUGUUGCAUGCAACAUCAUUCAGUUUUAAUUCACUAAAUCCAACUAUCACCUCAUACAAAGAAAGGAAAAAAAACAUUCUCUUAGUAAAAAAUAUGAAACAACACAAAUUAGUAAAUAAUAUACAUACACACAAAUUAAAAGAUUACGAAAAAAGUAGUAUAAAAAAUAUAAUAGGAGAAAAUGUAAAUGCAGUAGAAAAAGAGAACAAAAAAAGUAGUUCAAACAAUGACAAACGGAAAGAAUUAACAGAUACUGUAAAUAUUAAACUAACAGGGAUUCGUACCAAUGAAGAAAAAAUAAAUACUUCUAUUAUUGCCGAUGCAUUAAAACUUAUAGAUAAAAAAACAAAGGACAACAAUUAUAAAGAAAGAGUUAAAAAAGGAAUACAUAAUAAAAAAGAAGAAAAAAAAGAGAGGUCCUUUUCUAACAGUAUUGAAAUUAUCAGUGACAAUUACCCCAAAGCGAACAUAAAUAUUUGUCGCAAAUUUUUCAAAAUGGGUAGUAAGAAUAAUGAAAAUAGCAAACCUUUUAAGAUAAAAUACCCUUUUAUAUCUAAACAUAGUAAUGCUCAUGAAUACAUGGUACCAAUUAGAAAUCAACCAAUUAAGUCAUUAAAAAGGAUGAAGAUGGAACAUCAGAAUAGAGGCCAUUAUAUAUGCCAACAGAGUGGCAGUUUUAACGGCCUAGGAAGAGGAAUGAACAGGGUAGAUAGAGACAUGCGUAAAGCAGACAAAGGAAUGAACUGGAUAGAUAAAGGUGCUCACAAAGCAGAUAAAGUAAUGCAUAAAAUAGAUAACGACAUGCAUAUGGUAGACUCAGAUAUAUAUAUAAGCAAAACAAAAAAAAAAGAUCGCCCUUCUGCAUUCUCGAACAAAGAAGACAAAACAGAGAUAAACGAAACGGGGAAUGUGUUAGACACAGGUGAGAGUGUCGAAGAAUAUGAAGAAAAAAAUAAAAUUUUUAAUAUUCCUUCUUGUCAUAGUUCAUCUUCUUAUGAGCCCCCCAAAUAUUCUCUUAAUUAUGCAAACCUAGGCAGUCAAAUUUAUCAAGUGCAAAAGGAUAACUGUACAGUGAACAAACGUAAAGAACAUCCACAUAAAAAGAAAGAAAGAGUAUUUUACGAAAAGGAAGAAAUAAAAAAUGUCAUUGUUCCUUAUUCAGAAAAUAGUGUAUUAAGCAGAAUUGGCAACAAAAGGGAAGUAUAUACCAAUAAAAACAUUUUAUUGAAAAAAAAAAAAAAUAUAAUGUGUAAUGAAAAAUUGAAUAACGAUAAAUAUGAAAAUAACAAAAUAGAAAAAAAGAGUAAAAUGAUGCAUAACAUGUUAAGUGAUAAAAUGUACUUAGACAAUAAAAAUAGAAAACAGGAAUACCCUCUUGAUAUUACAGCUACAUAUAAGUGUAAAAACAUUCAUUUAAAAAUUAAUGUUGACACAAAUAAUGAAGAAUUACUCAAACAUACUCAGAGUAAAUUAUCAAAAAGAAGUUUAGAAUUUAAAUUAAUUAUAACGAAAUUUAUUGAUGGCUUUAUUAAAUCAACCGAAACGAAUAUAUAUAAUUCGUCAAAUAUAAUAUUACAAAAUACAGAGACAGAUGUUUUCUAUAAUAUUACUAUUCACGCAUAUAGUACUGUUAUAACUACCGUAUGGCUAUAUGCAUCUAUUUCUUUCUAUUUAACCAAGUUCAAUGUUGAGAAGUUUAAAUUAAAAACCCCUAGUUCUGUUACAUUUACAACAGAUGCAGAAUUCCAAAAUUUUUUAUUAAACAACAAUACGAAAAAAAAACCGUCAAAAAGUGGGAUAAGAAGUGAAUUAAAAAGUGAGCAAAGAAAAGGAUCAAAAAAUGAAUCAAUAUAUGCCCAAAAAAAUGAAGCAAUAAAUUCACCAAUGUAUGAAAAAUGUGUGACACAAAAGGGUUUGUUAAAAAAUACCCUUGAAAAAAACAUUUCCAUUUUCAUGAAAAAUUACAAGCAAAAAGAUAAUCGUGUUAGGAUCUCAGAAGAACAACAAAAAGACAACUUUUCCCAAGAUGACUAUUCUAGUACCCUCGAUACAGUCAGUUCUUAUGAGAGCGGCGAUGCGAUUAAUAGAAAUACAAACAUUUGUAACACUCCGGAGAACAUAAAUGAAUCAGCUGGACACUCCAUCAGUGAGCAUAACAAUAAUAAUAGUAAUAGUAAUAAUUAUAGUUCUAUGUACAAAGAAAAGGCGUACCCCUAUGGAGUGUAUGAUGAAUUAUACAACGAUGAGUACUUGAGCAGUUCUACCUAUGAAGAAGUGUUACUAGAUUUUCAUGAUCUUAAUAAAGGCAAAAUAAAAUAUAAAUUCCAAAAUUUUACGCACGAAAGAGAUCAUGACGAGGAAAAUGACAAAAAAGGGAGAAGCGUGGAUAAUAUUAACACGGACUCAUCUACUGCUAACAAUGCUUCAUCAACUGCUAACAAUGCUUCAUCAACUGCUAACAAUGCCUCAUCUACUGUUAAUAAUUCCUUAUCUACUGCUAACAAUGCCUUAUCUACUGCUAACAAUGCCUCAUCUACUGCUAAUAAUGCCUCAUCUACUGCUAAUAAUGCUUCAUCAACUGCUAACAAUGCCUCAUCUACUGUUAAUAAUUCCUUAUCUACUGCUAACAAUGCCUCAUCAACUGCUAACAAUGCCUUAUCUACUGCUAACAAUGCCUUAUCUACUGCUAACAAUGCCUUAUCUACUGCAAACAAUGCCUCAUCAACUGCUAACAAUGCCUCAUCUACUGCUAAUAAUGCUUCAUCAACUGCUAACAAUGCCUCAUCUACUGUUAAUAAUUCCUUAUCUACUGCUAACAAUGCCUCAUCUACUGCUAACAAUGCCUCAUCAACUGCUAACAAUGCCUCAUCAACUGCUAACACUACCUCAUCAACUGCUAACAAUGCCUCAUCAACUGCUAACACUACCUCAUCAACUACUAACAAUGCCUCAUCAACUGCUAACACUACCUCAUCUACUGCCAACACUACCUCAUCUACUGCCAACACUACCUCAUCUACUGCCAACACUACCUCAUCUAUUGCUGAUACUACCUCAUCUACUGCUGACACUGCCCCCUGUAUUGCAAUAAAAUCAGGUUAUUACCAUAAAAAAUACGAUAAUAAUAAAGAACGGCAUAAAAGUAAAGAUAAAAUAUCGCGCGAGAUGAACGAGCAAAACGGGAUUAACCGAAUCAGGCCCAUCAUCCAUGUUAACAGAAUCAGCGAAAAGCAAACUACUCAUGUUAGCGGAUACAACAAAGCAAAGGACGAAAUGUCGAAUAAUUCAAUAAAAUUUAAUAACAAAAUGAAUGAAGUUUAUGAGGGCUGUUUUACAUUUUCCGAGUUCACAUCAGAGAAAGCUGAUGAGACACGAGAUUCAAACAAAUGGCUCCUAAACCCUCUAAUCAUUAAGGAAAGUAUAAAUUCUGCUUCAUUAAACUUAUCAAAUAGUCAUAUGUUUAGAGAUAACUAUAAGAAUGAUAAUACAAAUUCAGAAUUAAAGAAAAGUAAGCACCACAUUUUGACUAAUGAUCAUCACAAUAAUGAUAAAAGGAAUUGCAGCAGUAAACUACAUGAAAUAUGUAAAGAUACACCAAGUAAAACGUUUAAAAAAAGCAAAAAUAUUUCACAUUUUAAGGAUGAUUAUCAUACAUUAAAAAAAGAAGUAGAAAAUUUAGGUGAAGUAAACUCUAUUCAAAAUAAAAAAUACGUCAAAGGUAGCAACAUGAAUGGUAUGAAUUAUUCUGAAAGGGAAAAAAUAAAAAUAAAUUUGUGUAAUACUAACAAUAAUUAUAUUACUAACAUAGAGAGUUUUCAUAAUAAGAAUGAUACGGUUGAUGAGAAUGAUGGUAACAGUGUUUAUAACAAUAAUGAUGUCAAUGAUGAUGAUAACUAUAACAAUAAUGGUAAAUACAAAAUGAACAACGGUUUAGCUUAUAUAAGCAAUACGGAUUCUCCUAAAAAAGAGCAUAAGACAAAAGAAGAAUAUUCAAGUAAAAGUUGCCAUGAAAACUUUACACAGACUCCAUAUAGAGAAGAUUGUAAUGACAAUUAUAUAUUGAAUAAAAGCUUAUAUCUAUCAAAUGAUGAUAAAGUACUAGAGAAAAGUAAAUAUAAUUCAACAACUCACUCAGGGUUGAAAGCAAAUAAAUAUUUUAGCAAAAAUGAAAAGGAAUAUUUACAAUGUUCCUCAGAAAUGCAAGAGAAUGAUAAAGAAUCCCUUACAUUAUUAAACAAAAUUGAUAACAAAAAUGAAAUACAAGAUAUGCAUUGUGUAAGUCUAAAUCACACGGAUGGAAGUAACCAAGUAGUAGACAUAAAAGACGCUAAACAAAUCAAAGAUAUAAAAGAAGAAAACACUGGGAUUGAUGAAUCUACUCUUACGAAUAACAUGACGUACAACAAAAUAUUAGAACCUUUACAUGAAGAGUGUGUGACAAAUAAAAGUCUUUAUCUGAGUAAUGAGGCUAACAUUUCUAAUAAGCCAAAGGAUUAUCAAACUGACGAAAGAAAACUAAUGAUAUAUAACAACGUUAACAUCUGUAGUAACAAUACGAUAAAUAUUAAUAAGAACAAUAUAAAAAAUUCAAUUAACACAUAUGCCACAUUAAAUAAUAAAAUGAAUGAAUCAAACAAUAGGUACCAUAACAACCAUUCGAAUACUUCCAAUCACUUUAAGGCACUUCCUGAUUUAAAUAAUGCAACUUUUAAUCCAGAUGAUAAAAAAUUAAUAAAUAGAAAAAAUGUACAACUCCCACCAUCUUCAUCUUCGGCUUCACCUUCAAAACUUGGAGAGGACAACAAAUAUAAUUAUUUAUAUAAUCCUUGCUUUAAUAAAACAUGCCAAAGAUUAAAUUUAACAAAUAGAAUCAAUAUAUGGAAUAAAAUGAACCCGCUUAUAGACUUUUUAAAUAAGACAUUUGUAAGUAAUACUGAAGAAGUUGAUAACAAAGUUGGCAAAAAGUAUUUUCAUACUUCGAGAGGAAAAUUUUAUAACUCAGAAGACUUAUUAUAUAGAUGUAAUAAUAAUUAUAAAGAUGUAAGGUGCGCAUAUAAGGCUGGAUAUAUACCUCCUGUUUACAAUAUCAGCGGAAAAAGUAACAGCAGCGGUUUAAGUGUCAACAAUAGCAGCGGUUUAGGUGUUAAUAGAAGCGGAUUAAGUACCAACAUUAGUGAUAAUAACAGUAACAAUAAUAAUUUUACGAAUUACUUGAACAGAGAAAUUAACCCUCUGAAGCAGCCCAUUCAUAGUAUGAAUAUGCUUAAAAUGCAUGAAAAAGGUACCGAGGAGUGUCCCACAGCAUCAAUAAAUAAUUUGGUGAACUAUAAAAAGAAUAACGAAAGCGAUAUAUAUUAUAAGGAUAGAAAUAUGGCCAUUAGUGAAAACAAAUCUAGGUUGAAUUUUUUAAUUUCUGAUAAAAAGAAUAACAGUGAAGAAAAUGUUAUACGUUGUAAUUACAACUUUAUCAACGGUAAUAAAACCAGUAAAAAUGGGGAAAAAAUAGAGCAAGAAAUAAGGUAUGUAAAAGAUAAUAAUUAUUUUGAUAAGGAAUAUUUUCUCAAUUCUCAAAGACUAGCUAAUAAUCACAUAAGUAAUCAUGUUAAUAAUUCUAAAAAUUUGUCGGAUAGCAACAUUAUCAAUAACCCCACCCCUAAGUGUGCGCCGGUAAACAAACUAGUUAGUAAUAACCGAUCAAAUAGUAGUAACCGAUUAACUGGUGGUAACCGAUCAAAUAGUAGUAACCAAUUAACUGGUGGUAACCGAUCAAAUAGUAUUAACCGAUUAACUGGUGGUAACCGAUUAAUUGGAAGUAACCGAUUAAUCAGUAAUGACCGGUUAAAUGGUAGUAACCGGUUAAAUGGUAGUAACCAGCUAAUUAGUAAUAAUCUGUUGAAUAAUAACGUUAAGUACGUAAAUCACAAUGACUUAGUGAACAAACAUAGGUACUAUAAUAUGAGAACACACGGAAGCAGUAAUAACAGUAAUAACAAUAGUCUGUAUAUAUAUAAUAAGGAAGCUGCUCCUAUAUAUCUUGAUAACAGUAAAAAAAAAAUAUAUAUAUCUAAUCCUACAUUUUUCCCUCCAUAUACACCACAAAGUGUGCCAAAUUAUGACAAACACAAUAACGAGAAUUUUUAUAAUUUAAAAAAUAAUAUAUAUAUGCAGAACAGUAGUAGAGAAAAUGUUAACAGAGAGUUAAAUCGCAAUCUGCAGGAUGAUGUACAUAUUCAAAAGACACAUAUGAAGGAAAAUGUAAUAAAAUAUAAGCAAAAUAUAAAUAGUAAAAACAAUGAAAUUAAGCUCAAAAAAUCCUUUUUUAAACCUAACAUAGAUAAUAAUACACUUUAUGAUUAUAAGAAAUAUAUGACACCAAAUUGUACUUUAACAAAAGUGGCUUUUAAUAAAAAUUUAUAUAUUCCUUCACAGGAAAUUAAAAGUACAGGGACAAAAAAUUCUUACAAAGCUUUCAAUACUAAUAAAGAAAAAGUAAAUAAUUAUUUGAACACCUCUACAAGUAAUAAUUUUAAUUUUUCUGAACAUGUUGGAAAAAAUACAAAUGUCAGAUGUCCUAUAUAUACCCCUAAUGCUGAGAAUAGUCAGACUAUGUUUUUGAAUCAAAAGAAAGUAACCAAGCUUAACCCUUCUAAUGUGUAUUAUAAUGGAAGUAUGAAUUGUUUAGAAAAAAAUGAGAUUUACUUUCAGAAAAUGCUUUUGAAUGGCGGCGUGAAUAGAAUCGCGAAGAGUAGCAACUGUGUUAGGGGGAACAAUAAUGUAAUCAGCACCCCAAACGGCAAGCUAAGCAGCAACGUAAGGGGUAACUGGAAUGGCUGCCUGAAUAGAAACUAUAGUAGCAACCAUAAUAGCAACUGUAAUGACAAUCCAUAUGGCAACCCGCAUGACAAUCCGCUCGAAACCCCACAUAGCCUAAAUUUCAAGAAUAAGCCCAUGAUCGAAAGGACUGAUUUAAUCAGAUUAAAUGCAGUAAUGCCAGAAAAUAAUAAAAAAAAAAUAUAUUCUAAAGCAAAUCCAGUGAUCGAAACUUGUCAAAAUGAUGAAAAUUCUACAACCAUGUUAACAUCAUUUGAUAAUAAAUCAUUACAUGAUCAAUAUGAUGAUGGAAAAGAAUGGCCAGUUAGGAUGUCCUUACAUAGUGAUAAUAAUAUAAUAAAAAAAGACAAUAUAUAUGAAAACAUAUUUUCCCCUUUGAAUUCUUAUGAAAUGAAAAAACAUAUUAUAAACAAUGAGAACAGUACAAAUAGUAACGACGAAAGCUUAAAAAAUGGUAAUAAGAACAACUUUCAUACGAAUUGUACGUCUAAUUAUAUAAAGAGUAACACAAAGGACAGUGCAGACAAGGUGGGGUUUAACUUAAGCGUAAAUAAUGAUUUCAAUUUUGGAAAUAUAGAAAAAACAUUGAAUCAAAUAAAAGGAAAUAUAAUUACAUACAAUGAUUAUAAUGCAUCAAAUAGUGAAAAAGAACAUGCAUAUGUAAAUAAUAUCUACAUUAAUAAUGAAAAUUCAUUUAGUAAAAAUAGAAAAUGUUCGCCUUUUUUUGGGAAGUCAAAUAAUGCAGUUAUUUCAGAUAAUGAAAAUAAUGAUAAUUUAUUACAAAAUACAUAUUCUGAAGUACAACUAUUUCAAUUAAAUAUUCAACUUGAUGAGUCUACUUGGAGAAAAAUUACUUUUACUCCUGAAGAUAAGCUAGAUGACAAAAUAAUUAAAUUUAUUAAUGAUAAUAAAUUAAAGAAAAUAUUUUUACUAACUAUCAAAGAAAAAAUGAAAUACAUGUUGCAAAAUGACAUAGCAAAAUGGAGCAUCAGCAUUACGGAACUACUGUGA